AAGAGUUGGAUAUUUGAGCAUAUUCCUCCUAAAAACAUAAUGCAGCAACAAAUGUUUUAACAAAGUGACAUUAAAGUCCGGUUAUCUCCGGUUUAAGAAAAGUGAAAGACGGAAUUGAUUUGCGCUCACACCUGUUCGGUUCUUUUUUUUUUGUCACACCAACAGAAAUACAGAGGUACACACAUAUCCUAAACCGAACAAAACCGGGGUUGUAAAAAUUAAUUGCGAUUUGUGGCGAUUCCGUUUAGAUCGGAUAAAAAAUCUGCACGACAAAAUUUUCCAUCUUCCUCCUCUUCCUCUGCCAACUUAUAAUCCCGUCAAAGAUCUUUCCUUUUUUCUUCUUCUGGUUUCUUUGUGGUUUCCUGGAGGCUCUCAGCAUCUUCGAGUCGUUGCGAGGAUGCGUUAGAAGAGAGUCUCCUCUCAAUCUUCGAAUCUCCAAAACAGUGUGAGAAUGGGUGACCAAUAUGUUUCUUAGUGGUGAUGUUCUCUUUUGCUUUGUUGGUGGAAUCUUAGGACUGUAUUGACUGGCCAUGGCUGCUGAUACCACAGCUUCAAGUUACUGGUUGAAUUGGAGGGUCCUCCUCUGUGCAUUAAUCCUCUUAGCUCCAAUAGUAUUAGCAGCUGUUCUCAUUUGGAAAUAUGAAGGCAAGAGAAGAAGACAACGCGAGAGCCAGCGAGAAUUACCAGGGACAUUGUUCCAAGAUGAAGCUUGGACCACAUGUUUUAAAAGAAUCCACCCUCUUUGGUUGCUUGCCUUUAGGGUAUUCUCGUUUGUUGCAAUGUUGACUUUACUCAUUUCCAAUGUUGUGCGCGAUGGAGCUGGCAUAUUCUACUUCUAUACUCAGUGGACAUUUACUCUUGUCACACUCUACUUUGGGUAUGCUUCGGUGUUAUCUGUUUAUGGAUGCUGCAUCUAUAAUAAAGAAGCUAGUGGAAACAUGGAGAGUUAUACAAGUAUAGGUGAUACGGAACAAGGCACUUAUAGACCACCAAUCGCUCUUGAUGGGGAGGGAAAUACGUCAAAAGCUUCCAAUAGACCUUCAGAAGCACCCGCCCGAAAAACAGCGGGGUUUUGGGUUUAUAUCUUUCAGAUCCUUUUCCAAACUUGUGCAGGUGCUGUUGUGCUAACAGAUAUUGUAUUUUGGGCGAUAAUCUACCCGUUUACUAAAGGUUACAAGCUGAGUUUUCUCGAUGUUUGUAUGCAUUCUCUCAACGCUGUUUUUCUCCUUGGUGACACAAGCCUCAAUUCCUUGCGAUUCCCACUGUUCCGGAUUGCUUACUUUGUACUUUGGAGCUGUAUUUUCGUGGCUUACCAAUGGAUAAUCCAUGCCGUCAAGAACUUAUGGUGGCCAUACCAAUUUCUUGAUCUUUCGUCACCAUACGCACCCUUAUGGUACUUGGGAGUGGCUGUGAUGCAUAUACCAUGCUUUGCGGUCUUCGCUUUGGUCAUAAAGCUGAAGAAUUACUUGCUGCAGCAGCGUCACAACUCGUGAUAGUUUUGGUCUCCCCGAAUUCAAGUUUCAUCUUCUAUUUAUGAGAUUCUUUGUUCACGAGAGAAUACCACACAUGGAGGAAACAAUGGUUCAUGGUCAUGGUCAAAGUCAAAGUCAAAGUCAUUCAGAAAGUUUGAGAAAGUCAAACCCUCUUGUUGAGUAAGAGACUAUCCAGAAGAAAGAAGAGUAAUCUCCAACACUACAACACAUUAAUUUAGGUCUUGUUUAGUUUGUUUAUGAUUAAACAAGUCUCCUCAAUAAUGAAGUGUCAUAAAUAAGUUAUACAAUCCCUUGUUGUAAAGAUGCAACCAAAUAAGUAAUGAGAAAUUAAUAAAUAUUUUUCUUUUAAAAACAA